UAGUAAAUACUAAGAUUCAAAUUUGAACAUAUCAGUAAUAUCGAUAAUCUAGGGUAUGACAAUUAUGGACUUAUCUAUAGUCAGUAUACUAAAAAACUAUACGCUAGUAUGUUUCGAUUCAUAAGUAAGGCUGUCACGCUCAUAUCCAAACAUAACCUGUUAACCUUUUGUGUGAUGUAGUGAGAGAUUUUUGUCAUUCCAUUUUUUAAAUAAGAGAAUUAUUGUUAUAGUUGAUUUGACCUUGUUUGAAAAGAUAAUUAUCUUACUUCUACUCAUCUACAGUGAUUGGAAUAAUUUCAUCGAGACAUAAUGGCAUCAAAAAUAUUUUUCGAUCGUUGUUGUAAUCCAUUUGAUUUAGAAUCACAUUUUAAAAAAAAAAGUUUACGUCCAGCGACUGACAUCAUGAAAGUCACGUUGGGAUUAAGUGAUAAUUAUUUAUUAUGCAGUUCGUGUCGAAAUAAAGCUUUAAAAUUGGUAAAGGAACAAACAAAUACUAGUAAUGAUACUACCGUUGAUGCAAGUGAUCAUGAAGAUGAUUCUAGUGAUAACAAUGAGAACAGUGAUGGUGCUGACAGUGAUAGUAACACAACUGCCACAGAUCUCCCGUUGUCCUCAUCAUUCCGUUCCUUGUCGUUUAAUAGUGAACCCAAAAGAUUCACAAUAAAGCUCGGAAUCCCAAGUUAG